GGCGGCGGCCUCGGAGGAAGAGGGGUCGCCGCCCGGUGUUCUUGUGACCGUCGCUUUCUCGUCGUCGCAGCAUUUCCUGUUCGGAUUAUCUUCGGCUCCUCCACCCCCGCCCCGUUGCCACCUUCCCCUCAAGCUCCCACUCCUCUGUGUCCUUGGUGGAAGCUGCCCUCGGCUCCGGUUCGUCUCCCCCUUCUGGGGACCCUCUUGUGCCUCGGCUCCCGGGCUGCGGGGGAGCCCCGCCGAGACCAUGAGGAAAUUCAACAUCAGGAAGGUGCUGGACGGCCUGACCGCCGGCUCGUCCUCGGCCUCGCAGCAGCAGCAGCAGCAGCAGCACCCGACUGGGAGCCGGGAGCCCGAGAUCCAGGAAACGCUCCAGUCUGAGCACUUCCAGCUCUGCAAGACCGUUCGCCAUGGAUUUCCCUAUCAGCCCUCAGCCUUGGCCUUUGAUCCUGUACAGAAGAUCCUAGCGGUGGGAACUCAGACUGGUGCUUUAAGGCUCUUUGGUCGUCCUGGAGUAGAAUGUUACUGCCAGCAUGACAGUGGAGCGGCCGUAAUCCAGCUACAGUUCCUGAUUAAUGAGGGAGCGCUUGUGAGUGCCUUGGCUGACGACACCUUGCACUUAUGGAAUCUGCGUCAGAAGAGGCCUGCCAUACUGCAUUCACUGAAAUUUUGCAGAGAAAGGGUUACGUUUUGCCAUCUGCCUUUCCAGAGUAAGUGGCUCUAUGUGGGCACUGAACGAGGUAAUAUACAUAUUGUCAAUGUGGAGUCCUUCACACUCUCAGGCUACGUCAUUAUGUGGAAUAAAGCCAUUGAACUGUCAUCUAAAUCUCACCCAGGACCUGUUGUCCACAUAAGUGAUAAUCCAAUGGAUGAGGGAAAGCUUUUGAUUGGUUUUGAAUCUGGAACGGUAGUCUUAUGGGACCUCAAAUCAAAGAAGGCCGACUACAGAUACACAUAUGACGAGGCUAUCCACUCUGUUGCUUGGCAUCAUGAAGGAAAACAAUUUAUUUGCAGUCAUUCAGAUGGCACCUUGACUAUUUGGAAUGUGAGGUCCCCUACCAAGCCUGUUCAGACAAUCACUCCACAUGGAAAGCAGUUAAAGGAUGGGAAGAAGCCAGAACCCUGCAAACCUAUCCUCAAGGUGGAAUUCAAAACAACUAGAUCUGGGGAACCUUUUAUCAUUUUGUCAGGAGGUUUGUCAUAUGACACUGUAGGAAGAAGACCCUGCUUGACGGUGAUGCACGGGAAAAGCACUGCUGUGCUAGAAAUGGACUAUUCAAUUGUGGAUUUUCUAACACUCUGUGAAACGCCAUAUCCAAACGAUUUUCAAGAACCAUAUGCUGUGGUGGUUCUUCUAGAAAAGGAUUUAGUACUUAUAGACCUUGCACAAAAUGGAUACCCUAUAUUUGAGAAUCCCUAUCCUUUGAGCAUACAUGAGUCCCCGGUUACAUGUUGUGAAUACUUUGCUGAUUGCCCUGUGGACCUUAUUCCUGCACUUUAUUCAGUUGGAGCGAGGCAGAAACGUCAAGGUUACAGCAAAAAGGAGUGGCCCAUCAAUGGAGGUAAUUGGGGCUUGGGUGCUCAGAGUUACCCAGAAAUAAUUAUCACAGGGCAUGCAGAUGGGUCAGUUAAGUUCUGGGAUGCUUCUGCAAUAACUUUACAAGUAUUAUAUAAACUAAAAACAUCUAAAGUAUUUGAAAAGUCAAGAAAUAAAGACGACAGGCCAAACACAGACAUUGUAGAUGAAGAUCCGUAUGCCAUUCAGAUCAUCUCCUGGUGUCCAGAAAGUAGAAUGCUGUGCAUAGCUGGAGUUUCCGCUCACGUCAUUAUUUAUAGAUUCAGCAAACAGGAAGUGAUUACAGAAGUAAUUCCGAUGCUUGAAGUUCGAUUGUUAUAUGAGAUAAACGAUGUGGAAUCUCCAGAGGGUGAGCAGCCACCACCCCUGCCAACACCGGUGGGAGGGUCCAAUCCUCAGCCCAUCCCUCCCCAGUCUCACCCGUCUACCAGCAGCAGUUCAUCUGAUGGGCUUCGUGAUAAUGUACCUUGCUUAAAAGUUAAAAAUUCACCACUUAAGCAGUCUCCAGGUUAUCAGACAGAACUAGUUAUUCAGUUGGUGUGGGUGAGUGGAGAACCACCGCAACAAAUUACCAGCCUGGCAGUUAAUUCUUCCUAUGGGCUGGUUGUUUUUGGCAAUUGUAAUGGCAUUGCUAUGGUUGACUACCUCCAGAAAGCAGUGCUGCUUAACUUGGGCACUAUUGAAUUAUAUGGCUCUAACGAUCCUUACCGGAGAGAACCCCGAUCUCCUCGCAAAUCUCGACAACCUUCAGGAGCAGGUCUCUGCGAUAUUAGUGAAGGGACGGUAGUCCCAGAGGAUCGCUGCAAAUCUCCAACUUCUGGUUUUGAGUCUUCAGUAGCUGGUUCUACUACAUCAGAAACAAUAGUAAGAAUGGGAAAUAUUGAGAAUGGUUCUUCAUCACCUCACAAUUCAGAUGAUGAACAAAAAAUGAAUAAUUUUAUAGAAAAGGUGAAGACCAAAAGCAGAAAGUUUUCCAAGAUGGUAGCCAGUGACAUAGCAAAGAUGUCAAGGAAGUUAAGCUUGCCUACUGACCUAAAGCCUGACUUAGAUGUAAAGGAUAAUUCCUUCAGCCGAUCACGAAGUUCCAGUGUAACCAGCAUUGACAAAGAAUCACGAGAAGCCAUCUCUGCUCUUCAUUUCUGUGAGACUUUUACUCGAAAGGCGGACUUGUCCCCUUCCCCUUGUCUGUGGGUUGGAACGACUCUAGGAACAGUGCUUGUCAUCGCACUGAACCUUCCCCCAGCAGGAGAACAAAGACUUCUCCAGCCAGUUAUUGUGUCUCCAAGUGGUACUAUAUUGAGGUUAAAAGGUGCAAUCUUGAGAAUGGCAUUUCUGGAUACCACGGGCUGCUUAAUACCACCUGCAUAUGAACCCUGGAGGGAACACAAUGUUCCUGAAGAAAAAGAUGAAAAGGAAAAAUUGAAAAAACGGCGACCUGUCUCAGUAUCCCCCUCCUCUUCUCAGGAAAUUAGUGAAAACCAGUAUGCAGUGAUUUGUUCUGAAAAGCAAGCAAAAGUAAUCUCACUGCCAACCCAGAACUGUGCUUACAAGCAGAACAUUACAGACACCUCGUUUGUGCUGCGUGGAGAUAUUGUAGCCCUGAACAACAGCAUCUGCCUUGCCUGUUUCUGUGCCAAUGGGCACAUUAUGGCUUUCAGUUUGCCGAGUUUAAGGCCUCUAUUGGAUGUGUACUACCUGCCCCUUACCAACAUGAGGAUAGCCAGAACGUUCUGCUUCACCAACAACGGACAAGCGUUAUAUCUGGUUUCACCUACAGAAAUCCAAAGACUGACUUACAGUCAAGAAACCUGUGAAAAUCUUCAGGAGAUGCUGGGUGAGCUCUUCACUCCUGUAGAAACACCUGAAGCACCAAACAGGGGAUUCUUUAAAGGCUUAUUUGGAGGUGGUGCACAAUCUCUCGAUAGAGAAGAACUGUUUGGAGAAUCCUCCUCAGGAAAGGCCUCAAGGAGUCUUGCCCAGCACAUCCCUGGCCCUGGUGGUAUUGAAGGUGUAAAAGGGGCAGCAUCUGGAGUCGUCGGUGAAUUAGCACGAGCCAGGCUGGCACUAGAUGAAAGAGGGCAGAAGCUCGGCGACCUGGAAGAAAGAACAGCAGCUAUGUUAUCAAGUGCAGAGUCAUUUUCUAAACAUGCUCAUGAGAUGAUGUUGAAAUACAAAGAUAAGAAGUGGUACCAGUUCUGACAACCACAAUCCAGUAAGUUCAACUUCAGCCAGAAGGAAAAAAGUUUUCCUUUUUUAUUAUAUUGAUUUAUUUAGGAAAGUCAACAUUAAAGGGAUGUUCAUCGCUGAAUACUGUUCUUUCCUCGCACAAUCAUGCACUGUUUUACCUCAGUCGUGUGGCUUUAACUGAGGGGUGUUCACACACUCAAACUGGAGCAGGAGGUGUGUGCCGGCUGCGAAUCGACAGUCUGGGAACGACGCAGGUCACAAGUGACAGACGAAGAAACAAAGGCGGAUGCAGAGGAGAUGUGGCAGGGACUGAUCCUGCAUCAUUCCUGUGUUAAACUUUCACACGCCCGAAGGUUGUGCUGUCAGAUCUGGCUCAGUGUUGACCUGUUUUGGGAGAGGCAAAACGUGAGAAGUCCUAACGCUGAAGUAGUCACGUUUGUGUCACUGGACUGGAUCACAAACAGCUGUCUCAGACUUUUCCUCUCUUAACCGGACUGGUCAUCAGUAUCAUUAGUGAAAAAGAAUCAAACUGUUUGUUACCAUAUCUUUAGACAGAUAAGCUGAAUGGUGGGCUUUAAAUAAUAAAGACAUACACAUAGUUGACUUGUGUAUGGUCUCCUCUUGGAUUCUUGUUAAUAUAUACUUGUGUUUAGUUCAUAUUUUGUCUAAAGCAAAACAAGACAAUACAUCACUUUUCAUUGAAAAGAAAAGUGUAGAGCAUGACCGAAUUGCUCAUCAUUCUGGAAGUUUCCAUGUAGUGGCUAUGCAGUGUGGAAAGUGAGAAAAACCUCCAUUGUGGUGAGGAGAAUACUUCAAUGUUCCUUGUCUUUGUUCUCAUUAAUUCAGCCGAAGGUGGAUUUGACCAAAAUAGGUACUGGUUAAAUUUGUAGAAAUGUUAAAAUUGGCUAAAUUUUUAAUUUUGCUUGAAUUUUUAUAAAAUGUUUAACCAAAUGUACCUUUGCAUUAUUUAAUUAAAAUUGCU